AAUUUUCCACUUUUGUUUUUUAGAAUUGAAAAGCAUAAACAAGUCUUCAGAAGCUUGGUUGAGUAGAUAGUGAGAGAAUAUAGAGGACGGUCCAGUUAACGGUCAUGUUUCGUCCACUAAUUUUAACGUCCAUUAUCUCAACGGACUCCCAAUUUCCUUCUGGUAUGUCGCCCAAAACUCUCUUCUCAGAAAUUCGAUUUCGAUCAAACUGAGUUGCAAGAAAUUCAUUUCCCCUGAUCAAAUAUUGUGUUGGGUCUGAAUUUUUAUAUUUAUUUUGCCCUGGAUUUCGUCGAGUUCCAAUGAAUUGACGCAAGAAAGUUGCAUUCUUGGCCACUCCACCUCAUGGCCUCUUUCAAUUUCUCCAUUUCAUUGGAGCCCAAGAACGUUGGCUCCACAUUUGGCUCUUCCCAGUUGCUGGGUCAGCGUUCAAUCUCUGCUUUUGUGGGUAAUUUGCAUAUAACUGGCGUUUAUCUCGACAGCCCUUUAGGCAAGCUCAAGAAAACUAGGGUUUCCCGGUUAGAUACCGCGUUUUUGGAGAUUCCAGGCUCAAAAGAAGCUGAAAAUCCUGUUGGUUGUGCAAAUAAGAAUUUGGGCAAUGAGGGUUUGGUUUUGGAAGACCUGAAUUUGGCUAAGGAGUUUAGGAGGGGCAGGAGAAAUGUGUGGAGAAGGUUUAGGGGUGUGAAGAGAGUGAUUAGAGAUGUGAAUUUGGAGCUCUCUUCUAGAGGGAAUCGUAGCGUGAGGGAACAAGAAAGUGAACCCAUGUUUGUAAGUGAGAAAGGCAGUUUGGAUUUUUUUGCCUUUGAUGAAAAUGUGUCUGAUGCUGAUAUUGAUGUUAUUGCAGAUGACUUGAGUUUGGAGCGUUGCAACCUUGUUUUGAAACAGCUAGAGAAGUGUAGUGAUAGCAAAGCCGAAAAGUUUUUCGGGUGGAUGAGAAGUAAGGGAAAGUUGAAGCAGAAUGUAACUGCUUAUAACUUGGCUCUUCGAAUUGUUGGUAGGAAAGAGGACUGGGAUCUGGCAGAGGCAAUGAUUCGAGAAAUGACUAGUGACUCAGUUUGCGAACUGAAUUUUCAGGUUUUUAACACACUUAUUUAUGCUUGUGCUAAAAGGGGGCAUGUGGGUGUUUGUGGAAAGUGGUUUCAUAUGAUGUUGGAGAAUGGGGUUCGGCCUAAUGAGGCUACUUUUGGCAUGCUCAUGAGUCUUUAUCAGAAGGGUUGGAAUGUUGAGGAGGCAGAGUUUGCAUUUUCUCAAAUGAGGAGUUUUGGACUUAGAUGUCAGUCUGCGUACUCAGCAAUGAUCACAAUCUAUACCCGUUUGGGGUUAUAUGAUAAAGCGGAGAAAGUUAUUAGCUUCCUGGGAGAGGAUGAAGUAAUCUUGAAUAAAGAGAAUUGGUUGGUACUACUCAAUGCAUAUAGUCAGCAAGGCAAAAUGGAGGAUGCUGAGCUGGUGUUGGUUUCGAUGCAGGAAGCUGGGUUUUCGCCGAAUGUAAUAGCUUACAAUACAUUGAUCACCGGAUAUGGCAAGAUAUCAAAAAUGGAGGCUGCAAACCACCUAUUCCAGAAGAUGAGUAGCAUUCAACUAGAGCCUGAUGAAGCAACUUACAGGUCCAUGGUUGAAGGGUGGGGUCGAGUCAACAAUUACAGGGAGGCAUGGAGGUAUUACAAGGAACUCAAACGGGCAGGAUUUAAACCCAACUCAUCCAACCUCUACACCAUGAUCAAUCUACAAGCUAAGCAUGGGGAUGAAAAGGGUGCCAUUAUGACACUAGAAGAUAUGAUGAGGAUGGGUUGCCCUCAUGCUUCAGUCCUUGGUAUUCUUUUGCAAGCCUAUGAGAGAGCUGAAAGGCUUGAUAAAGUGCCUCUGGUUCUGAGAGGUCCCUUUUAUGAACGUGUUCUGAAUAACCAGACAUCAUGCUCUAUUCUGGUCGUGACUUAUGUAAAACACUGCAUGGCGGAUGAUGCAAUAGAAGUUCUACAAGAAAAGAAGUGGAAAGAUCGGGAUUUUGAGGAUAACUUAUACCAUCUUUUGAUUUGCUCAUGCAAGGACUUGGGUUGUCUCGAAGAUGCUGUCAAGAUAUACUCACAUAUGCCAAAAUCCGACGACAAGCCUAACUUGCACAUUGUGUGCACAAUGAUAGACAUUUAUAGUGCCAUGAAUCUGUUCAGAGAAGCCGAGGACCUUUAUCUGAAGUUAAAAUCCUCGGAUAUAGCAAUGGACAUGAUUGCAUUUAGCAUUGUAGUAAGAAUGUUUGUUAAAGCUGGGAAUUUGCAAGCUGCCUGCUCUGUUUUAGAUGCGAUGGGUAAGCAAAAGAACAUUGCUCCAGACGUCUAUCUUCUCCGAGAUAUGCUCCGCGUUUAUCAAGAAUGUAGCAUGCUGGAUAAGUUGGAAGAGAUCUAUUACAAAAUCUCUAAGACCGGAAUCACUUGGGAUCAGGAAAUGUACAAUUGCGUCAUAAACUGCUGCGCCCGUGCAUUGCCAGUCGAUGAGCUGUCAAGGCUGUUUGAUGAGAUGCUUCAGCGUGGUUUUGCACCUAAUACCAUUACCUUCAAUGUUAUGCUCCACGUUUAUGGAAAAUCCAGGCUCUUUAGAAAGGCUAGGAAGGUGUUCUGGCUGGCCAGAAAACAAGGCUUGGUUGAUGUCAUCUCUUAUAAUACUCUUAUUGCAGCAUACGGGCGAGACAAGAACUUAACGAACAUGUCAUCAACAGUCAGAAGUAUGCAAUUUGAUGGAUUUUCAGUUUCUCUUGAAGCCUAUAAUUGUAUGUUGGAUGCCUAUGGGAAAGCAGGCCAGAUGGAGAAUUUUAGAAGAGUUGUGCAGAGAAUGAGAGAAUCAGGUUCAGGUUCUGAUCACUAUACCUACAAUACUAUGAUCAAUAUAUAUGGAGAGAAAGGAUGGAUUGAGGAAGUUGCUAGCGUUCUAAUGGAACUGAAAGAAUCCGGUCUUGGACCUGAUCUGUGUGGCUAUAACACGCUGAUAAAGGCGUAUGGAGUAGCGGGAAUGGUUGAAGAGGCUGUGGCUUUGGUGAAGGAAAUGAGAGAAAAUGGGAUCGUACCCAACAGAGUAACCUACAUUAACCUGAUCACAGCGCUGCGAAAGAACGAUAAGUUUUUAGAGGCUGUUAAGUGGUCCUUGUGGAUGAAACAGAUGGGUUUAUGAUGUUCAUCAAACUAAUUUAUAUGUAUAGUUGCCUUCACUCAACAACAGACUUCACUUGGACUGGACAUCUACAAAUGCAGAAUUGGUUCUGGGGGCCUUCAGUAUCCUCGCUUCUAAAAGAUGGUUUCUAUUGGAUUUGCCUGAAUAGUGAUUGUGAAGGUUUUUGUCGGAUACUUGCUCUAUUGAUCACAAUAAACAUCAGUUGUCCCAAGUCUGAUACCCAGAUUCCUCUCAUGAAGCCUUGUAAAUUGAGUCUCACAUUAUCCAAAUUACCAAAUGGUAAUUCCCUCCUUUUACUACAUCUGGCUGCCCAAAGCUAGCCCUGGUUUUUAUUUUUUUAUUUUUUACUUUGUCCCCUAGAACAAGGGGUUAAGUGUCUUGAGACUCUCAUGUGCAGAAUGAGUCUUGCCCAAUUUGACACCGUUGCUCAUUCCACACACGAGCCAUUUAAGUUAGUAUUAAUAACUCUCGACAACUCAUUAGUGAUGGCAUUAUUAGCUUAUAAAAUUCUUAAACCCAGCUG